AUGCCCACCCUGCGGUCGUCCUCCCCGCAGCUCCAUAGCUCCUCCUCCCCGAGCAGCGGGUCCUCCCCGCUGCGCACGGCGGUGGGGACUGGGCCGAGGAGGCUGUCUGCGUCUUCUAGUUCGUCUGUCGCUGUGCCCUGCAAUGACAGGGACUCGGACCAGACUUCGGAGAGGGAUAGUGAAUCUUUGUCAGCUGGUGAAGGCAGUGACUUCGAAGACAACUUGAGACGAAAUGUAAAGAAGAGAGCAGCAAAACGACCACUCAAAACAACCCCAGUGGCAAAACGUCCAAAGAAGGGGUCCCGAAUGGUACAUGUUCAUGGUCAGAAAGAGUCAGAGCCACCAGCCAGUGAUCUCUUUGAUGCUGUGAAAGCUGCCAAAAGUGACAUGCAGUCUUUGGUAGAUGAGUGGCUGGAUAGCUACAAGCAAGACCAGGAUGCAGGAUUCCUGGAGCUCGUUAACUUUUUCAUCCGGUCAUGUGGAUGUAAAGGCACUGUGACCCCUGAGAUGUUCAAGAAGAUGUCCAACUCGGAGAUCAUCCAGCACCUAACAGAACAGUUUAAUGAGGACUCAGGAGACUAUCCUCUGACAGCUCCAGGCCCAUCCUGGAAGAAGUUCCAGGGCAGCUUCUGUGAAUUUGUGAGGACGUUGGUCUAUCGGUGCCAGUAUAGCCUCCUCUAUGAUGGCUUCCCUAUGGACAACCUCAUCUCUCUGCUCACUGGCCUCUCAGACUCCCAAGUCCGUGCCUUCCGUCACACUAGCACCCUGGCUGCCAUGAAGCUGAUGACCUCCCUGGUAAGGGUUGCCCUCCAACUAAGUCUGCACAAGGACAACAAUCAACGUCAGUACGAGGCUGAACGAAACAAGGGGCCAGGACAGAGAGCACCUGAGCGACUGGAGAGCCUGUUGGAGAAACACAAAGAGCUCCAAGAGCAUCAAGAGGAGAUUGAGGGAAUGAUGAAUGUCCUCUUCAGGGGUGUCUUUGUACAUCGGUACAGGGAUGUCCUUCCUGAGAUCCGUGCUAUCUGCAUUGAGGAGAUUGGGUCUUGGAUGCAAAGCUACAGUACCUCUUUCCUCACUGACAGCUAUUUAAAAUAUAUUGGCUGGACCCUGCAUGACAAGCAUCGAGAAGUCCGCCUGAAGUGCUUGAAGGCUCUAAAAGGGCUGUACGGCAACCGAGACUGGACUGCACGCCUGGAGCUCUUUACCAGCCGCUUUAAGGACCGGUUGGUUUCCAUGGUCAUGGACCGAGAGUAUGACGUGGCAGUGGAGGCCGUCAGGUUACUAACACUUAUCCUUAAGAACAUGGAAGGGGUGCUGACAGAGGCAGACUGUGAGAGCAUCUACCCUGUUGUGUAUGCCUCUAACAGAGCCCUGGCCUCUGCUGUAGGGGAGUUUCUGUACUGGAAGCUCUUCUACCCUGAGUGCGAGACAAGAACGGUGGGUGAGAGAGAACGACGCCGAAGUCCGCGCUCCCAGAGGACUUUCUUCCACCUUCUGCUGUCCUUUUUUGUGGAGAGUGAGCUCCAUUACCAUGCUGCAUACUUAGUAGACAGCCUGUGGGACUGUGCGGGGCCUCAGCUGAAGGACUGGGAGAGUCUGACAAGCUUGCUGCUGGAGAAGGACCAGAACCUGGGCGACAUACAGGAGAGCACACUGACAGAAAUCCUUGUGUCCAGUGUCCGGCAAGCUUCCGAGGGUCACCCGCCUGUGGGGCGGGUCACGGGGAGGAAGGGCUUAACCCCCAAAGAACGUAAGAUCCAAGCCGACGACAAGGUGAAGCUGACUGAGCACCUCAUCCCCCUGCUCCCCCAGCUCCUGGCCAAGUUCUCAGCUGAUGCAGAGAAGGUUGCUCCCCUGCUGCAGCUCCUCAACUACUUUGACCUCAACAUCUACUGCACCAGGCGCUUGGAGAAACACCUGGAGCUGCUCCUGCAGCAGCUCCAAGAGGUGGUGGUGAAGCACGCGGAACCAGCGGUGCUUGAGGCUGGUGCUCACGCCCUCUAUCUGCUUUGUAAUCCGGAGUUCACGUUCUUCAGCCGGGUGGACUUUGCCCGCAGCCAACUUGUGGAUCUGCUAACUGACCGCUUCCAGCAGGAGCUUGAAGAGCUGCUGCAGUCGUCCUUCCUAGAUGAGGAUGAGGUGUACAGUCUGGCAGCCACUCUGAAGCGCCUCUCUGCCUUCUACAAUGCCCAUGACCUAACCCGCUGGGAGCUCUAUGAGCCCUGCUGCCGACUCCUCCGGAAGGCUGUGGACACAGGAGAGGUUCCUCACCAGGUGAUCCUACCGGCCUUGACUCUUGUCUAUUUUUCCAUUCUCUGGACGCUAACCCACGUUUCUGGAUCAGGUGCUUCCCAGAAGCAGCUGUUGAGUUUGAAGGGCAGGAUGGUGGCCUUCUGUGAACUCUGCCAGAACUGCCUCUCAGAUGUGGAUCCUGAGAUUCAGGAGCAGGCUUUUGUAUUGUUAAGUGAUCUGCUGCUCAUCUUUGGCCCUCAGAUGAUUGUCGGGGGACGAGAGUUCCUUAGGCCCCUUGUCUUUAUUCCUGAAGCCACUCUCCAGUCUGAGCUGGCCAGCUUCCUCAUGGACCACGUCUUCAUCCAGCCUGGAGGACUGGGCAGUGGUCGUUCCCAGGAGGAUCAUUUACAGAUAGAGCAGCUGCACCAGCGGCGCCGCCUCCUGGCUGGGUUCUGCAAGCUGUUGCUUUAUGGGGUGCUGGAGAUGGACGCGGCCUCGGAUGUUUUCAAACACUACAACAAGUUCUACAAUGACUAUGGUGACAUUAUCAAGGAAACGUUAACUAGAGCAAGGCAGGUUGACCGAAGUCACUGUUCCCGAAUCCUGCUGCUGAGCCUCAAGCAGUUAUACACAGAACUGCUGCAGGAACAGGGGCCCCAGGGCCUGAAUGAGCUUCCAGCCUUCAUCGAGAUGAGGGAUCUGGCCAGGAGGUUUGCCUUGAGCUUUGGACCCCAGCAGCUACAGAACCGUGACCUUGUGGUCAUGCUACACAAGGAAGGCAUCAGGUUCUCCUUGUCUGAGCUUCCUCCAGCUGGCUCCUCCAGUCAGCCCCCAAAUCUGGCAUUCCUGGAGCUCCUUUCAGAGUUCUCCCCCCGACUCUUCCAUCAGGACAAGCAGCUGCUACUGGCCUACCUGGAAAAGUGUCUGCAACGUGUCUCCCAGGCACCUGGCCGUCCCUGGGGUCCAGUCACCACCUACUGCCAGUCCCUCAGCCCUGUAGAGAGUACAGCAGAGGCCAACCCUCGGGACUACCCCCGCUCCAAGAAGAGGCGCAUUGAAGGCCCCUCCAGGCGGCACAGAGAGGACAUCUCUGCAUCACAGGAGGAAAGCCUACAGCUGAACAGUAUCCCACCCACACCCACCCUUACCUCAACGGCUGUGAAAAGUAGGCAGCCCCUGGGGGGGUUGGAAGAGAUGGAAGAAGGCGGCGGCUCAGAAUUGGCAUUUACCCAAGGCCAGCCCCUUUUAGGUGCCCAGAGGUUAAGGUCCUUGAGUCCACAGCAUUUCCAGACUCCACUCAACUCUUGGGGUCCUGGUCUGGGCAACCGGCUGACCCGGCUCAGCCUGAUGGAAGAGGAUGAAGAAGAAUUAGAAAUUCAGAAUGACUCAAGUGAAGAGUGGCAAGGUACAGGCAAGCAGUCUUCCCCCAGUGAGCACGGGCUGGACCUCUUAGAUUCUACAGAGCCGAACGCUGAGCUAGUUCCUCGCCAAGUCCUGGCAGGGUAGUCUCCAGAACGUCUCUGAUCUCUCUCUUCUCUCGGUGCUUGCUAUCAUCUCUCACCCAGACUGCCACAAAAUAGCCUCUGGAUGCUGGACUCCUUGAAACUCUGACUUCUUCUUGUUCUGCUUCCUGGAACAGCAUAGCGCCUCUGUUGUCUCCUUUCCCUCUGACAAGCAAUCAAAUACAUGAAAACACUGUCGUCUCUGUCUGCUUUCACUGUUUCCUUCUGUGGUUUAAGGAACUCUUCAGCCUCCCCUUUUAAAUACAACUUCGAGUUCUUCCCUGUCCUGGGCAUCUGCUGUAAUUUCAAGUUCUCACUGUGUGUGGUGUCCCAGGCUGGACACAGUCAUCCAGCUAGUCUAGGGGUUUCUGCAGGAGGAUCCAUGAUUUCCUGUGAUUAGGUCACUGAGCCAAACAAACAAGCUCAUUUCUUCCUCCUUCCCCCUCCCUCCCUGCCAAAUAAAAGCUAGAAGUUGUGUUUGUGAGUCUCAUUUUAGAAAGGCAGCCUACCAGUGCCCUGGGGAUCUUUAGCCUGUAUUCCCUGGAAUAGCUCCAGAGAGCGGAGCUUUUCCGUGGGAUCUGGGAGCAGAGUGGGAAAACUAAGGGAAAGAUACAGAGGGGAGGGGGCUUCCCUGGUGGCGCAGUGGUUGCGCGUCCGCCUGCCGAUGCAGGGGAACCGGCUUCGAGCCCCGGUCCGGGAGGAUCCCGCGUGCCGCGGAGCGGCCGGGCCCGUGAGCCAUGGCCGCCGGGCCUGCGCGUCCGGAGCCCGUGCUCCGCAACGGGAGAGGCCACGGCAGAGGGAGGCCCGCCUACCGCAAAAAAAAAAAAAAAGAUAUAGAGGGUAGAUAUGGGAACAUAUGUAUACGUAUAACUAACUGAUUCACUUUGUUGUAAAGCAGAAACUAACAAACACACCAUUGUAAAGCAGUUUUAUACUCCAAUAAAGGUGUUAAAAAAGAAAAUGUUGAAGUGAAAAAAAAGAUAUAGAGGGUAGAGGUCACUAGGGAUCCAGGAGGGGGAAGAGGAGUCCCAAGUUAUUUAAAUGCCUGCCAAGCUGGUACUUCACAAGAUCAAAAGAGAAAGUUGGAAGCUCUGUAAAUGUGGAGAUCUUUAUGCAGCUGACAGACCAGUAUGGUAGGUUGAGCCCCAGCCUUAGAAUCUGUGCAAGUUUUAUAACGUGUUCCCCAAAUUCUUUGCCACUCUUAAUAUAUUGAGAGUUUGGGUCUAGGUCCUUUCUCCUUGAAUAUGGGCUCUGUGAGUGCUAGAUUAACAUAUGGUGGAGUGAUGCUGGGCCAGUUUCCAAGCCCAGACCUUGAAGAAACUGGCAGCUUCCACGUCCUGUUUCUUGAGCUGUUCACUCUUGGCACCCAAGCGCCAUGCUGUGAGAAAGCCCAAGCAGCCACAUGGAAAGGCCACAUGGAGGUGUCCCUCCAGCACACCUAUAGCUGAGGUCCCAGCCUCUGUUGAGCAUCAGCCACAAGACGUGGUUCAGACGUGAAUCAGAUGAUUCCAACACCCAGCUUUUGAGUCUUCCAGCUGAGGUCCCAGGCAUCAGAGAGCAGAGACAAGCCAUCUUUCCUGUACCUUCUCCAGAUUCCUGACCAAUAGAAUCCACGAGCGUGAUAAAACGAGGGUGUUUACGCCACUGGUUUUGCGUGGUUUGUUACAUAGCACUAGUAACUGAAAAAGAACCUUACAGUCAUAAGAUGCCAGAAGUUUGGACAUAUUUGUUUAAAAAUUAUUUCUGUAUUAAAUAAAA